AUGGAAGAGGCGUUGUGGGACCAUAAGGCAAAACUGGAAAAUCUGCGAGAAAGAUGCAAAAGAAAAUCCAUAAUACUAAACGAGAGCAAAACGUUGGAACAAAAAGAGGCGGUCGAAUUCAUGGGGCACGUCAUAAGUGCACAAGGCAUUAAACCAGACCCCAAGAAGGUGCAGGCCAUAGUGGACAUGGAUCGCCCUACAAACGCGCAGCAAGUCCGACGAUUCUGUGGUAUGGUGCAGUACCUAUCAAAGUUCCUUAGCAACCUGUCAGCCAUAUCACACCCCCUGCGGGAACUCACAAAGAAAGAAACGGAUUUUGAUUGGAAUGAGGAAUGCGAAGUCGCCUUUAGGAAACUAAAAGAAAUAAUAACAACAACCCCGGUGCUGGGUUUCUAUAACGCAGCCAAAUCCCUUGAAAUCCAGGUCGACAGCAGCCAAGAUGGGCUUGGUGCCGUGUGA